AUGACACAACAACAGGAUGAACUAGAUCAAAUAAAAUCACAAAUUCAAGAACAUCUCAUAUCAUCCGGAAACUACGAUAUAAUAAAUAAGCAGUUGAAAUUGCAACUCUAUGAAUCUGGAUGGUUCGAUAAGGUGACCCAGUUGGCUAACCGUGAACUACAAGAAAACCUGGCUCAGGACACAUCUGUCAGCUUCGAUCAAUUAUUUUCCUUUGUGAAGCCUAAAGCCGAAGAGAUGGUCCCCUCAAACGUAAAAGAGGAUGUGUUGGAGAGAUUAAAAGCAUAUUUAGAUGAUGUUAUUCAAUGA